GGACUGAGGGGCAUUGGCAGAGCUGUGUGGGGAUCCCAGGACUGGAGGGCCUGGAGCUGUGGCUCAGGUGGCAGCUUCCAGGUGACCAAGUUUUAUUUGCUUAUGCAUUCUCUGUGGUUCUAUUACCAGUCCACCAGUGAGGGCGGAGACUUAGUGAGGAGGAGGCAGGGAGAACAGGCAGUUCCUACCUUGCUCACGUGCCCACCCCCUCAGGUUGAAUGUCCCCUCCCCCACUUGGCUCUCUAUUUAUUAACUCUGCUCAGAGAGAGAUUUGCAAGUGGUGAGACGGAAGCCCUUUGUCCUGGGCCCCGUUGCCUGAUCUCAGGCUUCUUCUUUCUCCCUCUGUCCCACCUCACCCCCAACUCUUGUGACCAUGUGGGAGGGGAAGUAUUAGGGCUGGACAGGCUCCUCUGGCCGAGAGCUGCAAUACUCCAUCCCCUUGAGCCUCUCUUAUUCCUUCCUUCUCAGUGGGGACCCCUGUGGCUGGGGACCUGAUGCCAUCCUGUGGGUGGUUCCACCGGGACCUGAGUGGACUGCAAGCUGAGGCCUUACUCAAGGGACGAGGAGUUCAUGGAAGCUUCUUGGCUAGACCCAGUCGAAAGAAUCAGGGAGAUUUCUCCCUCUCUGUUAGGGUCGGUGACCAGGUGACCCACAUUCGUAUCCAGAACACUGGGGAUUAUUAUGAUCUCUAUGGAGGGGAGAAGUUUGCCACGCUGUCUGAACUGGUGGAGUACUACACACAGCAGCAGGGUUCACUACAGGAUAAAGAUGGGACUGUAAUAGACCUGAGGUAUCCACUGAACUGCUCCGAUCCCACUACAGAGAGGUGGUACCAUGGGCAUCUAUCUGGCCCAGCAGCUGAGUCUCUGCUCCAGUCCAAGGCCAUCCCCUGGACUUUCCUGGUGCGUGAGAGCCUCAGCAAACCUGGUGACUUUGUCCUGUCUGUCCUGACUGACCAACCCAAAGCUGGGCCUGAGGCCUCACCAACUGGGGCUGCUGGCACCCCUGGGGCUCGGCUUAAGGUCACCCAUGUCAAGAUCAUGUGUGAGAAUGGGAGAUACACAGUAGGAGGUGCUGAGAUGUUUGACAGCUUGGCAGACCUAGUGGAGCAUUUCAAGAAGACUGGAAUCGAGGAGAUGUCCGGAUCCUACGUGUACCUGAGACAGCCCUAUUAUGCCACCAGAGUGAACGCGGCAGACAUUGAGAACAGAGUGCAUGAACUGAACAAGCAGAGCCCGGCUGAGGAGACAGCCAAGGCUGGAUUCUGGGAGGAAUUUGAUAGCCUGCAGAAACAGGAGGCCAAGCAUCUGUAUGAUCGGCAUGAGGGGCAGAGACCCGAGAACAAGGGGAAGAACCGGUAUAAGAAUAUCUUGCCCUUUGAUCAUUCUCGAGUCAUCCUACAAGGCAGGGACCCAAAUAUCCCCGGAGCAGAUUAUAUCAAUGCCAACUACAUCAAGAACCAGCUGAUCAGCCCAGAUGAAUUCACCAAGACAUACAUCGCAAGCCAGGGCUGCCUGGAUGCCACCAUCAAUGACUUCUGGCAGAUGGUGUGGCAGGAAACCUCUCGCAUCAUUGUGAUGACCACCCGGGAGGUGGAGAAAGGGAGGAACAAGUGCGUCCCCUACUGGCCAGAGGAGGGCAGCACCAAAGAGUAUGGUCCUUAUAUUGUGGAGAAUCUUGGAGAACAUGAUGCCCUGGAGUACAAACUCCGACAGCUCUGUCUCUCGCCAAUUGACAACUGUAAAGCUGUGCGAGAGAUCUGGCAGUACCAGUACCUGAGCUGGCCAGACCACGGAGUCCCCAGUGAGCCGGGAGGGGUGCUCAGCUUCCUGGACCAAAUCAACCAGAAACAAGAGAGCAUCCCUGAGGCUGGGCCCAUAGUGGUGCAUUGCAGUGCUGGGAUUGGCCGCACCGGAACCAUCAUCGUCAUUGACAUGAUAGUGGAGACGAUUUCCACGAAGGGGCUGGAUUGCGACAUAGACAUCCAGAAGACCAUCCAGAUGGUAAGAGCCCAGCGCUCGGGAAUGGUGCAGACUGAGGCGCAGUAUAAAUUCAUUUACAUGGCCAUCUGCCAGUUCAUAGAGACCACCAAGAAGAAGCUGGAUGUUAUGCAGUCUCAGAAGGGGAGAUCCAAAGAGUCUGAAUAUGGGAACAUUGCGUACCCACCUGCGCUGAAGAACCAACAUGUCAAGGCCGCCCGAAAGUCCUCUAAGCAGAAGGAGGAACCAACGGUUUAUGAAAACUUAGAGAACGCCAAAGGAAAGAAAGAUGAGAGAGUGCGGAAGCAGCGCUCGUCUGAGAAGGAGAAAUUGAAGAGCUCACUUAAGAAAAAAUAACUUCCCUCUGCAGCUCCCCUCAGCUACGGAAGACACCCUGUCCUUGGUCAAGUGACUGGGAUCCCCUCGCUGUCUUUGCACCCUCAGUCCAGUAGGCCCACCCAAUCUGUUCUGCUUUCCAGCCUGCUGCUUUAAGAUACUUUUUAGCAGUCAGAUAAAUAAUAUCCUCUUUAAUUUUCUGUGGCCACUAACGGCUCAGGCUCAUCUCCAGCUCCGUUUGUCCUUCGCAAGCUCCUCUUAUGGGAGACAAGCCCCCACAGGGGUUAACCUCAACACCACCAUGAGACUAGCUGCUUCUGCAAAGUCAGCUGUUGUUUGACGCUGGCCCUUUAGAUGCUUGCCGCUUAACCCGUCAGCUCUCCCUUCAUCCAAGAGAAAAUUCUCUCCCUGCCCACCACCUGUGCCACCAUCUCCUCAGCCUUGCGGGUCCACUCGCCCCCUUGUGGUGCUGUAAAUACUCAUGGAUUUGAGAUGUUGGUUUUUCCUUUGUAAAUAAACCAGGAGUUUUGUCUGA